AUAUGUUUGUCAAACCUUUCAGAGUGAAAUCCAACACCGCUAUCAAAGGCUCCGAUAGGAGGAAAUUGCGAAAUGAUGUUGCAGCGGUAUUUCCCAUCCUAACUUCAGAACAACUUGCUGAAGUUGUGCCAAUGAAAGAGGAAUUGAAUAUUAUGAAAAUAUAUACUCAUAAAAGAGAAAUUGUCACAGUCUAUGCCAAUGGCAAAAAUCCUAUCCUUUUUGAAAUGGAGAAAAUGAUAUAUCCAACAGUGUACACGCUGUGGUCUUAUCCCCACCUUCUCCCUGCCUUUUCUACUUGGCCACCUGUAGUGCACAAAUUAGUAGGCGGAGCAGAUUUAAUGCUUCCAGGUGUUAUCGUCCCCAAAUGUGGUCUCCCCCAGGUAAAUCGAGGUAGUCUCUGUGCUGUUACCUUGGUGGAAAACAGAGCCCCUGUGGCCAUUGGAAUAGCUAUUAUGACAACUGCUGAGAUGCUGGCAGCUGGAAUGAAAGGAAAAGGCUUCACAGUGCUGCACACUUACAUGGAUCACCUAUGGGCCAUUGGUGACAAAUCAAGCCCGCCUACAAUACCCCUCUUAGAAAUAGAAUCUUCAGAGAUGAUAGCUGAAGAAGAAGAGGAACAGAAGGAGGAAGAAGGGGAAACACCUGAAAGCAGCCUCUCUCUUGAUCCAUCCUUGCAGAUGGACAUAGAACAUCUCACCUUAGAGGAAGAUAUUUUGCAUACUGUCAUGGAUGAAAAAGAGGAACUCAGUCAGAGUGAUGCUGCUGAAAAGACUGAAGAGAAUGAACCAAAUAUUUCUCAGGAGAUGGAAGAUAACAGAAGUCCACAAGAGCAAAUGGAUGCCCUGCUUCAUCAAUGUUUCUUUCAUGCCUUAAAAUGUAAAGUGAAGAAGUCAGAGCUCCCCCUGCUGACCAGUACGUUUUUGCGUAACUACAUAUUUUCCUGCUGUCCAAAAGAUCAACAACUGGAUAUAAAGAAAUCUAGCUACAAAAAGUUCUCAAAAUUUCUGCAGUCAGUGCAACAGCAGAAGAUUCUUCAGGUGAAAGAGUUGAGUAAGGGUGUGGAAAGUAUUGUGGACAUAAAUUGGAAACAUGAAAGCAUUAGAUCAUUCAUAGUACCUGAAAGUGCAACAUCUGAAAUGUCUGUCCAAGACCGUAAAGGUGAUGAUCAAGAACAACUGUACCAUCCUCCUGAAAUUAUGCAACUUUAUGGAAUCUCAUCAAAAAUGGCCCCAUUGUUUCAAGAGUCUGGACAUAAAAAAGGCCAUACCCUCUCCAGCGGUGAAGUGAGAAGUGUGAUAAUCAACUAUGUAAAGGCUAAUGAGUUGGUUGAUGAAAUAAACAAAAACUUUGUAAAGGUGAAUCCAAUUUUGUGCGAUUGUCUGUUGGACAAAGCAGAGCAAGAUGAAAUCUCAAGGCUCAAGUGGGAUGAUCUCCUCAGCAGGUGUCUAAACAAACUAGAACCUUUCCAUCAGGUAACCUUUUGGGGACAAGAACCUGUUGUGAGAAAAGGAAAUAUUCUUCCAAUUGAUGUAACCGUAGCACAGAGAUCAUCCAAUAAAAAGGUGACAAUAAUUAAGAAUCUUGAGCUGUAUGGUUUGGACCCUCAGGCUGUUGCUAGUACCCUUCAGCAAAAGGUUCAAGCUAGUGCCAUUAUCGUCGCAAUCCCUGGAGCAAAGGACAGAUCACAAGUCCAGAUACAGGGCAAUCAGAUCAAUCAUCUUGCUAAACUGCUCUUAGAGGACUACCAGAUACCUUACAGUUAUAUCCAGGGUCUUAAGAAAGCACCAAAGACGGGGCGGAAGAAAUAGCCAGGCCUGUACCUCAGAUUCAGAG